AUGGUAGUGACGAAGCUAAAACUAGAGAUAGAGGACUGUCAGAAGGGUUGGGAGUCAAAAGAGCACGAUAAGAUUAGCAGUUGUGGUUUUUUUGGGACAUUUAAGAAACCCAAAUCAAUGGUUGAUUAUAAGUGGGAAGUGGGGACAACUUUCGUGGAUAAGGCGCAAUUUGUUGAUGGUGUAAGAACAUAUGUUGUUCAUGCUGGGAGGAACUUGAAGUUUGAGAAAAAUGACAAGGAAAGAGUGAGGGUGAUAGUUUCUAUGGCUCAUAGGGCAAAGCAAUUGGCAACAAAGGUGGUUGAAGGAUCUUUUAAAGAUCAGUAUAGAAGGAUUUAUGAUUAUGCUCAUGAGUUGAUUAGAUCAAACCCCGAGUCCACAGUGAAAGUUAAAGUGGAAGAUGUUAAUGAUAAGAAGAUUUUCAUGCGCUUUUACACUUGUCUGAAGGCAUGCAAGGACAGUUUUGUAAGUUGUCGACCCAUCACACGGCUUGAUGAAUGUUUCUUGAAAGGCCAAUAUGGGGGUGAGCUAUUAAUUGUAGUAGGUCGUGACGCAAAUGACCAUAUGCUUCCUAUAGCCUAUGCAAUAGUUGAAGUUGAUAACAAAGACACAUGGAGCUGGUUCUUGGAGUUGUUGGUUGAGGACCUAGGAGGUCCUGAUAUAUGUAGGUUCUGCACAUUUAUGUCCGACCAACAAAAGAAAAAGUUUGGAAGCAAGCAAACGAAAACCUUGAUGUGGAAGGCUGCAACCAGCACACACCCUAGAGCAUGGGAAAGAGAAAUGCAUAGUAUUAAAGAAGUGAACGAGGAGGCCUUUAAAUACCUAAUAACAAUUCCACCAAGAUAUUGGUGCAGGUCUAGGUUUACCGUGCAAGCCAAGUGUGACACAUUUGUAAACAACAUGAGUGAAGCCUUCAACAUUGUUAUUGUAGAUGCAAGUUGGUCAGGUCAAAAAUUGUUUGAAGUUAGGCAUGUGUCACUAGUUGGAGACAAGUACACUGUUAACAUAGAAAGCCAAGAAUGCAACUAUAGGAAAUGGCUUAUUAGUGGGAUCCCAUGUUGCCAUGCAAUUGCUGCCAUGAACUUCCUCAGCUUAAAGGUAGAAGAUUACAUUCCCCAUUGGUUCAGACAUACAACAUAUGAAGAGAUAUACAACUCCAUAGUUCUGCCUGUCAAUGGUCACCUUUUAUGGGAAACAACUGCCUUCCCUGAUGUCCUACCACCACGUAAAAGAAGGUUGCCAAAGAGACCAACCAAGAAGAGAAGGGUGGAAGCUUGGGAACUGAAGAAAGAUAAAACCCAAAUGAGGCCAGGUGGUCAUAGAAAGAGAUGUUCAGUUUGUCACGCACUUGGGAACAAAAGGAAUAAUUGUCCAACACUUCCUAUCCAUGGCUGUGAAGAACAUCCCACUAAAACUGCAACACCACAACCAACUCAACCAACACCAAGUGAACCACCACCAAGUCAACCACCUGCAACACCUACUCCACGAGUAGCACCAUUUGAAAAAUUUACACCUCAUCACAUUUUCAUGUUGUCUUUGCAAAACAAAAAAACAACAUGA